AUGUCGUAUAAUCGUUUAGAUCACGCUGGUCAAGGCCAGCAGGACGACUACUACAAUAUGAACAACCUCCCAAAUUCAGGCCGGACGCCUUCACCUGGUCAUCCACUGCAUCAAGGGUAUCAACUCGAAGAUGCGUCGCCAUAUGGCAGACCUAGCGGAUCACCAGCUCCUGGCAGACACAAUCUAGAGAUUCCUAUGGGUCCUGGACGCCAAACCCCUAGCGACCGGUUGCAGGCACAACCCACGUAUUCGGUUGAGAACAUCGACAACUCGUAUGGUCACAAUGAGGAAUACGAACAAAGUUACCCCCUCGAUCCAAACCAUAACUACAGACAAGACUACUCGCUCAACCCCCAACAACACCACGAUGCCUAUUACCAACCCCCAUACCAGCCUUCCCCACACGAAGAGCAUCCUCUGACAAAUUAUCCUUCAAACCCCGACCCUUAUUACGAUGAUCACGAUGACAACCGUCCAAUACUCCAGGCACACGAUACUGGCUUUGGACCAGAUCCUCACAGUGCUCCAGGCUACAAAGACUACGAUGGUGCCCCAGUAUCCCCUUCAGCAACUCCCCAGCCAACAACUCUUAAGAGAUACAAGACAGUGAAAGAGGUACAACUUUUUAAUGGCAAUCUCGUUCUUGACUGUCCUAUCCCACCCAAGCUCUUGAACCAGGUUCCCCAUGCUCAGCCACCUGAGCGAGAUGAGUUUACCCAUAUGCGAUAUACGGCAGCGACAUGCGACCCCAGCGAUUUCUACGAAGAGCGCUUUACACUGAGACAGAGAUUGUUCGCAAAGCCCAGACAUACCGAGCUGUUUAUUGUCGUAACCAUGUACAACGAGGAUGACGUACUGUUUGCCCGAACGAUGAGCGGAGUUUUCAAGAAUAUUGAAUACAUGUGCUCACGGAAGGACAGUAAAACUUGGGGAAAGGAUGCUUGGAAGAAGAUCGUGGUCUGUGUCGUAAGCGAUGGUCGUGCCAAGAUCAACCCUCGAACGAGAGCUGUGUUGGCUGGUAUGGGAGUCUACCAAGACGGAAUUGCCAAGCAGCAAGUCAAUGGAAAGGACGUGACGGCCCAUAUCUACGAGUACACAACGCAAGUCAGCAUUUCUGCCAAGAAAGACUUGGUUGAGCUCCGACCAAAGCAACAACCUGUGCAGAUGCUCUUCUGUCUAAAGGAGAAGAAUCAGAAGAAGAUCAACUCGCAUAGAUGGUUCUUUCAAGCAUUUGGGCGUGUUCUGGAUCCUAACAUUUGCGUCCUUAUCGAUGCGGGUACCAAGCCUGGCAAGGAUUCAAUCUACCAGCUUUGGAAAGCUUUCGACCUGGAGCCAAUGUGUGGAGGGGCUUGUGGAGAGAUCAAGGCUAUGUUGGGACCUGGAGGAAAGAAUCUGCUUAACCCCCUGGUUGCCACGCAAAAUUUCGAGUACAAGAUGAGUAACAUCUUGGACAAGCCACUUGAAUCUGCCUUUGGAUUCAUUUCAGUCUUGCCUGGUGCCUUUUCAGCAUACCGUUAUGUUGCUUUACAGAACGACAAGGCUGGAAAUGGACCUCUGGAAAAGUACUUCGCUGGUGAGAAGAUGCACGGUGCCAAUGCUGGUAUUUUCACCGCCAAUAUGUACCUUGCCGAGGAUCGUAUUCUGUGCUUCGAGCUGGUUUCGAAACGAAAUUGCCACUGGAUUCUUCAAUAUGUCAAGUCAGCCACAGGAGAAACCGAUGUUCCAGAUACUAUGGCCGAAUUUAUCCUACAAAGACGUAGAUGGUUGAACGGAAGUUUCUUCGCCGCUGUCUACUCUUUGGUGCACUUCUAUCAACUGUUCAGAAGCGAUCACAGCUUCUUACGGAAGAUUGCGUUCUUGAUCGAGUUCACAUACACGACUAUCAGCAUGCUGUUUGCUUGGUUCGCUAUUGGAAAUUUCUACCUGGUUUUCCACAUCUUGACUACGUCUCUGGGAGCAGACAACUUGUUAGGAAAUGUUGGAAAGGUCCUUGGUGUUGUAUUUGAGUGGCUAUACCUCUUCACUCUGCUAACCUGCUUUAUUUUGGCACUUGGCAAUCGACCACAAGGAUCUAACAAGGCAUAUAUGUCCAUGGUCAUUUUCUGGGGCUUCAUCAUGGCUUACCUAAUGUUUGCUUCUGUGUUCAUCACCGUCAAGUCCAUCCAAACCGAGCUCGCGGAUGGCCAGUUCAGUGUCGCGGAUAUCUUCAAGAACCAAAUAUUCUACACUUUAAUCGUCUCUCUCGCUUCGACAUACCUCCUGUGGUUCGUGGUGUCAUUCCUUUUCUUCGACCCAUGGCACAUGUUCACCUCUUUCAUCCAAUACCUUAUGCUCACACCAACUUACAUCAACAUUCUCAACGUCUACGCCUUCUGCAACACUCACGACAUCACUUGGGGUACCAAAGGUGAUGACAAGGCCGAAAAGCUGCCAUCUGCAACUCUCAAGCCUGGUGGAAAGGUCGACGUCAACAUCCCCACGGAUGAUGGCGAUCUCAAUGCACAAUACGAAGCAGAAAUGCGCGCAUUCGCCUCGAAAGCCCCCGAAGAGAAGCGUGAGAUGUCCGCCAGCGAGCGCCAGGAAGAUUACUACAAAGGAUUCCGUUCUCAAGUCGUCCUUUUCUGGCUCAUGUGCAAUUUCGGACUCGUCGCAGUUGUUCUCAGCACCGCAGGCCUCGACCGUAUUGAUACAACCAAAGAUUCGGCAGACAAGAGAAGUGCCAUUUACCUGGCCGUCGUUCUGUGGUCCGUGGCUGGUCUCUCAGCGUUCAAAUUCAUUGGUGCAAUGUGGUUCUUAGUCGUCCGAAUGUUCAGAGGCGUUUAA